AUGGAUCUUACACCACCAUCUCUUACCAGGUCGCCGGCAUCUCCAACUCACACCUAUUGUCCAUCGGAACGUUCCUCGCUUGAAUAUCCGUCUCCAGACUUGGCGGCUCAACAGUACAAAAUCAGUUCUUUAUACGCUGCCGACCAACUCUGCUCCUUGGAUCAGGCAGCUGAAGCAGACAUUUCCUUGCCACCUUUGGAUCCUCGCCCACCGGUAGAUUGGACUACCACCGACAUCAUGGCGCCCUCAUCCUCAUCCUUUUCCAUCCCGAAUGUUCUAUCUAGAGGAUACGACCCGUUUGCUGAGUACGACUCACAAGUGUCGGCCUCGUACGGAUCCGACUCAUACCCUCCGCCGCCACCCCACUCGUCUGUGCUAGGCCACCAUCAACAUUCUCUUACAGACUCCCCGGGACGCUCACCCGGGCCAUCCUCAUCCAGAAGUUCGCUGUCCUACGCACAAGUUGCGCAUUCCUCGAGUUCGUUGGGGCCGAGGAUCAAGAUGGAGAACGCCAAUGAGUACGGAUCUGGAAUUGACGCCUCGCACUACGCUUCUCCACGCUCAAUGCAGACGCCUUACAUGACAGAAUCAAGCACAUACGGCAAUCUUCACCAGCACUAUCUAUCAGAUAACCAAUCUCCAAGCUGGCCCAAAGUCGAAUAUGGCGUGGAGCAGUACUACCAAAACUCUCCUGCGGGGGAGCCAGCUCCUGUUAGUCGAGAGUCGAAGCGGGCAGAUGACGGAAAGCAUAACCGCCCAAAACGAGCGCCACGGAAGAUGACGUCCUUUGCGGACGCUCAGUACCAGUGUCAAGUUGCAGGAUGUGGCAAACUCUUCAGCCGCAGCUACAACUACAAGGCACAUCUGGAUACACAUGACGACAAGCGGGAAUACCCAUUUCCAUGUCCAGUAGCCGAUUGCAACAAGAGAUUUGUCCGGAAGACAGACCUUCAGAGACACAACCAAAGCGUUCACAUGAAAGAAAAAAACCACCGUUGCGACUAUUGUGGAAGGUUGUUCGCCCGGAAGGACACGCUUCGCAGGCACAUGGAUGAUGGGUGUUCCAAACGCUUCGAUGUUGGCACUUGCGACCUUCGUGUGGAGGGUUUUGGAGGCAUAGCGCCAGUCAAUCGUAGCAUGGGAGGACCGAUACAUCCCAUGGGGCCCGGGUCAGGGCCUCUGCCUCCCAUCAAUGCGCCGAUGGGGGCCGGUGAUGGCCUGUUACAUCCCGAAUCGUCUGCCUGCAGGAGUAGAAGCGUCUUGUCUGGCGCGAGCGAUGGAACACAUGGCGAUAGUUGGCAACGAUAA